CUUCAACUUCCUCCCAUCCGCCAUGUUCUCCAAGCUGCGGGCGCCCUUCCGUCGCUCGACGACGGAUGAGCCCGGCACUACCGUGACUAUGACCGCCCCUGUUGAUGCCACCAACCCAGAGAAGGCCGUCGAGAGUGGCGUCGCCCCGACCUCCAACAGCGACUCCGACGAGGAACACCCCGAGACCACCGAGGACCAGGCCGGUACCCACGAGGUCGAGGCCAUCACCGCUACCUGGAGCAAGGCCUCGUUGAUUGCCGUCUUUAUCAACAUUUGGUUCCUUUACUUCGUCAAUGCCUUCCAAGUCGAGAUUCUGUCGACUUUGAUCCCUUAUCUCACCUCCGACUGGGAUUCACACUCGCUGCUGAACGUCAUCUACGUCGUGUCCGACUGCUGCACCGCCGCCGUGUUCAUUCCGCUGGCCAAGAUGAUGGAUGUCUGGGGUCGUGCCGAAGGCUUCGGGUUCAUGGCGAUCAUCUCGACCUUGGGCCUGAUCAUCAUGGCCGCCUGCCACAACCUGCCGACCUUCUGUGCCGGCUACGUCUUCUACAACGUCGGCUUCUCGGGCAUCACCUUCUGUGUCGACACCCUGACCGCCGACGCGUCGCAGCUGCGCAACCGAGCGUUGGCGUACGCAUUCACCUCGUCGCCGUACAUCAUCUCGGCGUUCGCGGGUCCUAAGGCGGGCGAGGAUGCUCUGGGCAUGAGCAUGCGCUGGGCGUUUGGCGCUUUCGCAAUUAUCUUCCCCGUGGUGGCGGCACCUCUGUUCUGCAUCCUGAAGUAUAACACCCACAAGGCCCUGAAGGAGGGUCGUCUGGUGCGCGAGAAGAGCGGCCGCACCGUGAUGCAGAGCAUCUGGUACUGGAUCAUGGAGUUUGACUUGAUUGGUGUCUUGUUGUUCUCGGCCGGUCUGGUGGUCUUCUUCCUGCCGUACGAUAUCGCGUCGAUGGCGCCCGACGGAUGGGGCACCGGAUACAUCAUCGCGAUGAUCGUGGUCGGGUUUUCGAUGAUCGUCUUCUUCGCCAUCUGGGAGUACUACUUCGCGCAGGCGCCGAUGCUGAAGCUGGGGUACCUGGUGGACCGGACGGUGGUGGGAGCGUGUCUGCUGGACGCGACGUACCAGGUAUGCUACUACUGCUGGGACUCGUACUUCACCUCGUUCUUGCAGGUGGUCAACGACCUGAGCGUGGCGGACGCGGGCUAUGUGAACAACACCUUCGACGUGGUGUCGGGCGUGCUGCUGCUGUUUAUUGGGUGGCUGAUCAGCCGCACCGGGCGCUUCAAGUGGCUGCUGUACUGGGCGGUGCCGCUGUACAUCUUCGCGCAGGGGCUGAUGAUCUACUUCCGCCGCCCGAACCAGUCGGUCGGCUACCUGGUGAUGUGCCAGGUGUUCAUCUCGAUUGCGGGCUCGGUGUUCAUCCUGGUGCAGCAGCUGGCCGUCGAGGCGGCCGUCGACCACCGCCACGUCGCGGCCACGCUGGCGCUGCUCAACGUUGUCGGCACCGUCUCGGACAGCAUCGGCUACACCAUCUCCGGCGCCAUCUGGACCAACACCUUCGAGAAGGGGCUGGCGCGCUACCUGCCGGCCUCGGCGCUGCCGGACCUCGAGGACAUCUACGACGACAUCGACACGCAGCUGAGCUACCCCGUCGGCAGCGAGACGCGCCUGGCCAUCCAGAAGGCGUACGGCUACGCGCAGACCCGCAUGCUGGCGGCCGGCACUGGCCUCUUCGUGUUGGCCUUCAUCUGGAUGUUCAUGAUCCGGAACAUCGAUCUGCGCAAGAAGAAGCAGGUCCACGGUACCGUGUGGUAGACUCCUGUCCCCAAAACGAGCAAAAAGAGAGAGGGGAGGAUGCCUCUGGCAUCACAGCUUCAAUAUUGGCCCAGGCCAUGUUGUCGAGUGCUUCUCGUUUAGUUAUA